CUUUAAAUAUAAUCUCUCUCUCUCUCCCCAUCUUUUGACUCCUUUAUUUAUUUAUUCAUUCAUUUUUGCCAUUUCCAACUCUUAAAAUUGUAGUAGUAAAACAUCAGCGAACAGGGAAAAUUAGAAAAAUGCCCGCGCUCUCUCAUUUCUGUUUUCCCUCGACCUCUCCGUAUGCGUAACCCUAGCUUUUUCCUUUUCUCUCUCUCUGUAUCUUCCUCUCUUUCUCUCUCCGUAUAAAUUAUCCCUCCAGUUACUCUCUGCGCGAAUUUCACCCGCUAUCAUCCAAAUUCAAGAAAUAUCCCGAUUUAUUAAGGAAAUGGCAAAAGGUACCAGGGGGAGACGCAGGUUUGCUUCUCGCCAGUGCAGGCAAACCCCAUACCCAUUACCAUGUGGUAAUCAGUCUGAGAAGAUGCAGCGGAAGAAAUGCUCCAAAACACUUGUCAAGAAAGACUGGGAAGAUGCCACUUGUUCUGUAUGUAUGGAGUAUCCCCACAAUGCUGUUCUCCUUCUGUGUUCUUCACAUGAAAAAGGUUGCCGUCCCUAUAUGUGUGGAACUAGUUUUCGCUAUUCCAACUGCCUUGACCAGUAUAGGAAAGCCUACACAAAAGUGACAUCAGCUGAUCACAAUCAACAUCUUGAUGGUACAAUUGACAGCCCAGCCAUGAUUCCACCAGUGUCUGGUUGGCCCAUUGAUAAAUGUGAAGUCACUGAACUUGCAUGUCCCCUUUGCCGGGGCCAAGUGAAGGGCUGGACAGUGGUUGAGCCGGCACGAGAAUAUCUGAAUGCUAAAAAACGAAGCUGUAUGCAGGAUAACUGCUCAUUUAUAGGAACUUACAAGGAGUUGCGGAAACAUGUUAGGGCAGAUCACCCUUCUGCUAAACCUCGUGAGGUGGAUCCCCUUCUUGAACAAAAAUGGAGAAGGCUUGAGCGGGAGCGAGAAAGAGAGGAUGUUAUCAGCACAAUAACAUCAUCAAUGCCAGGGGCAGUCGUUUUUGGUGAUUACGUGAUUGAAGGAGGUCAUUAUGGUUUUAUUUCGGAUGAGGAAGACGGUUUUGAUGAUGAUCACCUGGACCAAAGUGAAGGUUUUGAGUUUGGUGUUGAUAGCAGUUUGGCAAGGAUUGAAAGCAAUUUGAGGAACGUCUUCCUUGUUUUGCAGAGAAUUGAUCCUGCAGGUAAUAUUGGAUCAAAUAGAGGUAUCAGGCGGCAGGAGAGGAACUCUAACCAUACAUUGGAGGGAGGAACUGUGGUAGGUAGUCGCACCUCCCGUAUUGGGAGCUUUGACUAUUCAGAUCAAGACAGUGAAAGUGACAAUGAUGACAAUGCAGUUAUUCCUCGUGCCAGUGAUCGUUUGUCACUUGUGAAUCGUCUCCGUAGUCAAGGCAGAGUCCUUUUAGGGCGUUCUGGGAGGAGACGGAGGCGUAGGGAGGCCAAUCGGAGCCGCAGAUGAAGUUUUAUUGGUGGUUGGAAAAUGUAGAGUUUAGGAUGGGUGAAUUUUAGGACCUAGUUAGUGAUAGAAAAAAAAUUUAGCUGUACUUCUGACAUUGUCUUUAUAUUGCCAACACCGAUUCAUGUUACAUGGUUUGAUGGGGUGUAUGAUGGUGUGAUUCCAGAACCUUGAGGGUUGAAGAAAGGUAAUUCUUCUGUAAUUUUUAGUUGUAAGUCUAUGGGUACCUCUCUCUUUUCAAACGCUCAACCCUCGUUCCUGACAUCUCAACUUCUACGUCUCUUUCCAUA